AUAAGUAAAAAAAAAAAAAAUAAUGUUGUUUUGACAACAACCAUCAUCUGUUGCUGUUGGUUGGCAGUGUGAUUUAGACAUGAAAGCGCCCAUCUUUUCAUGUCUAUUUGAUUUGAUACUCAUACUUCAUACAUCACUUGCCUAGCUUCUUUCUUCUUCAUCUCUUCUUCUUUUGACUCUUUUUUUCUUUCUCUCUUCUUAUUUGUAUUUCAUCGUUGUCAAGCACUCUAUUAAUCAUUCAACUCUCUCACCUCACAAUACAUUCAAAAAUGAGCUCUCUUCUUGCUGAAACUCCUAAGAAGAAAGCAAUGUGGUUGUAUCCUAAGCUUUUGGGUUUUAAUCCUUCUCAAAGAUGGGGUCACUCAGCUUGUUUCUCUGGAAGACUUAUGUAUGUUUUUGGGGGAUGUUGUGGAGGAUUACAUUUUAGUGAUGUUCUAUGUUUGGACCUUGACAACAUGGAAUGGAGCAAAGUUGCUACAACAGGUGAAAAACCAGGUCCUAGAGAUAGCCAUAGUGCUGUUCUUGUAGGUCAUAAAAUGAUAGUUUUUGGAGGUACAAAUGGUUUCAAGAAAGUGAAUGACAUACAUAUACUUGAUCUUUUUACCAAAGAAUGGGUUAGUCCUAAAUGUGAAGGAACACCUCCUUCUCCAAGGGAGAGUCACACUGCAACACUUGUUGGUGGUGAAAGACUAGUGGUUUUUGGUGGUAGUGGUGAAGGUGAUGCAAAUUAUUUAAAUGAUUUGCACAUUUUAGACUUUAGAACUAUGAGAUGGAGUAAUCCUGAGGUUAAAGGUGAUUUACCUGUUCCUAGAGAUAGUCAUUGUACACUUUCUGUUGGGAAUAAGCUUAUUGUUUAUGGUGGAGAUAGUGGUGAUCAGUAUCAUGGUGAUGUUAAUUUGCUUGAUAUGGAAACAAUGAUUUGGACUAGGUUGAAAAAUCAAGGUUCGUCACCAGGAGUCAGAGCAGGUCAUGCAGCAGUGAAUAUUGGAACCAAGGUAUACAUCAUUGGAGGGGUUGGAGAUAAACGUUAUUGCAAUGACAUUUGGGUGUUUGACAUAUGCACUUGUCUAUGGACUCAACUGGAUAUACAUGGUCAACAGCCACAGGGGCGAUUUUCUCAUACCGCUGUUGUUGCAGACACUGAUAUUGUCAUAUAUGGCGGGUGUGGCGAAGAUGAACGUCCUUUGAAUGAACUACUAGUGUUGCAGCUUGCAGCAGAGCAUCCGAACGGACUUAACAACACAUCCAGGUGCAAAGUUUUUGGAACUUACUGGAAUCAAGAAAAGAAGACCAUCCUUGGAGAUGGAGCAGAUAUUAACUCAGUAACGAAAUCUCCGCGAAUCGGGAAUAAUAAUAUGGAAGUCUUAGGAAAAUGGGGUUACGGAGUUGCAUCAGAAAAAGCACAACCUUAUCAGUUUGAUUCAGGAACCUCGCAACAGAAGAGGAGGAGAAUUGCGGCUACAAAGGUUUGGGAUGUUGAAUCAGAACAAGAAGAACAUUCUCUUUCACUGUCUCAGCAUUCAUCUCCAUCUCAAUCUGAUCAAGAACAGACUCCAGGUCAAAAACCAAAAGCUACUGUCCUGGAAUCUCAGCGGUAUCAUCGAGUCAAACUCAUCAGUAAAAUUCCAAGUAUUUGUCAGCUUGACAAUUUAUCAAGUAACAAGAGAGUUUUGAAGAACUGCACACAAGUAAGUCAACAAGAUGUUCAAGUAAUCGAUUAUCAACCUAAGCAAGAACAAUAUCUUCAUGAUGAUGCGGAUAAAAAAGGAGCUCGACACCAAGCUAUAGAACCAAAGUCUGCGGGGCGAGGACACACUCAGAACCUGAUCGGAGCUGAAGUUUGCGGAAAAGUUGAUGCAGCCUUUGAUUCAGGUUUUCUUAUGACCGCAAUCGUGAAUGGAAGAGUUUUCAGAGGAGUUUUAUUUGCACCAGGUGCAGGAGUAGCUGAACCAAAUUGUUCUUUACCAAGUUUAUUUCCCUCAACUCAACCUCUAAUAAACUCAAAUCAUGCGGAUAAUUUGAGAGAUUCCCCACAAGUAACUACUUGUUCGCGUCCCGAGCCUUGCUAUGGCGUAAGGCAGCCCUUACUUGCUCGACCGUCUCCAAUCACAAGAGGUUCUACUAUUAUGACCUUACCUGAAGAACAUAAUAAAAUCAGGAGUGAUCUUCAAGGGUUGGCUUUAACACUAGGAGGGCCUGCAAGUGGCAACCAUGUUUGAUCCUUAGGUAAAUUAUUGAGGAGGUUAAUAAGGUUUAUGUAAUUGUUUUGUAAUUUCAAUGGCUAUGUGUUUGUAGGAUCAACCAUAAGUUAUGUAGUACUAUUUGGUUUUUGUCUCUUAGAAUAAGUCCUAUCUUCCUACCAUACAAUGGUAACUUAGAUAUAUAUUUAUGUAAUGUAUCAACAAGACAAUUAUAUGCUAAUGGUCAAGAGCUUGGAGAGUUUCCCAAAA